AUGGGGUUGAAAUUUACAAAGCAGGGGCCACAAAAAGUUGAUGACUUGAGUUUACAGAAUCACAUGAUCAAUUACCUUACCAAGAAUUUUAUUCGAAACUUGGUAUCUAAGCAACGGAGACGGAUGCUCAUUGCCGGCUAUGAUCUUGACAUGACAUAUAUCACAGAUAGAAUAUUGGCAAUGUCAUUUCCUGCAGAACGAAUGCGAGCAGUGUAUCGAAAUCCUCUAUGGCAGGUGAAAUCUGUGUUGGACAUGACACACCAUGAACAUUAUAAGAUCUAUAAUCUCUGUAUAGAAGAAAGUUAUGAUCCGGCAAACUUUCAUGGACGGGUUGAAGCAUACCCUUUCGAUGAUAACCAUGUACCGCCCCUUGAAAUGAUCAAAGAUUUUUGUGAAAGUGUGCAUUCAUGGCUAUCAAGUGAUCCAAGAAAUAUUGCUGUCAUUCAUUGCAUGGCAGGGAAGGGUAGAACUGGCUUAAUGGUGUGUUCAUACCUAACUUAUUCUGGCAUGACAGCAGAUGAGGCUCUUCAAUUGUAUGCAGAGAGAAGGACAACAAAUAAUGAAGGAGUAUCAAUACCAAGCCAACGCCGUUAUGUAAGAUACUUUGAAAGUGUACUUUCUACCCCUAGGGGUAGAGUGAGCUUGCCUCAACCAUGUAGCAGAGAAUUGCGCCGAAUUCGCCUUUAUGAUACAGUUAACAUCUGUGCAAUAUUCUUUGUGAUUUCAGAGCUGCAGGAGGAGGCACCUAACCAGUGCUAUCGUCCGCCGGUGGAAAUUUUCCGAGGGUGCUGCAGAGAGAUUAAGAAAGGCUAUCAGAGAACCAACAGUCCUCGCUACUAUCUUUCUUAUAUCGAAGAAGAAAAUGAAGAUGGAACACAAUCAGAACAAGAAGAACCUCGGAUUGUUGUUCAAAUGGAUACAGAGAGUCCUGCAAUAUACAAGAAAACCUGUUUGGAUUAUUAUUUCGACCAACCGAUCCUACUAACUGGAGAUGUACGUGUCAUAUUCUAUGAGAAAAUGAUAGGAGGCCGUCUCUUCUAUUGCUGUUUUAAUACAGCUUUUGUUAAGAACAGCAUGGUACAGCUGGGAAUACAGGAUUUGGACAAAGUUGGGAAGAAAGGAAGAUCAAUAUGUGGAAGUGAUUUUAGCUUGGAAUUACUGUUUGGUCCUGCCAAUUCAUCAAGUGUAUCCAAUAGUGACAAUGCUAGUAUUGUUUCCUUGUGAUCAUAAUAUUUAUGCAACAGAUAAUAUGAAACGUCAUGUUCAAUUUUACAUUACACUAACGUGUGCUGCAAAAAAAAAAACAGCAGAAAAUUAUAUCCAAUCAUAAAU